AUGGCGUUGUCCUUGUCGAACUUCUUGUACGCAAUACUCGCAACCAGCGGCCAUGUGUUGGCCGUCUACGCGGACACAGUGACCUUCAACUGGAACAUUACAUGGGUGAGAGCGAACCCAGAUGGUAUGGCCGAAAGACCUACCAUUGGCAUCAACGGGCAAUGGCCGCUGCCGCUUCUGAACAUCACAAAAGGCGACAAUAUUGUCGUGCACCUGAAUAACAUGUUGGGCAAUCAAAGCACGAGCAUGCACUUCCACGGAAUGUUCCAAAACGGCACCAACGAGAUGGAUGGUCCUGUUGGAGUGACACAGUGCGAUGUGCCUCCAGGCUCGUCCUUCACCCUCAACUUUACCGUUGACCAGCCCGGGACGUACUGGUAUCACUCGCACACGCGCGGACAGUACCCCGAUGGCCUACGUGGUCAACUCGUCGUCUAUGACCCAGAGAACCCGUACCUCGGGCAGUACGACGAGGAGGUCGCUCUCACACUUUCUGACUGGUACCACGACGAGAUGCCAGGACUACUUGCCAGCUUCAUCAACUACAAGAACCCCACUGGCGCUGAGCCUGUACCGGACUCGGCGCUCAUGAACGAUACCCAGAACCUUACCUUUGCUGUUCAGCCUGGCAAGACGUAUUUCUUCCGUUUGACGAACAUCGGCGCAUUUGCAGGGCAGUACUUCUGGAUUGAGGGACAUACCAUGAGGAUCAUCGAGGUGGAUGGUGUCUAUACCGAGCCGGCUGAGGCGGACAUGAUCUACCUCACGGCUGCGCAGAGGUAUGGAUUCCUUGUCACGAUGAGGAAUGACAGUUCCGCGAACUUUGCAAUGACUGGUAGCAUGGACACUGAUCUCUUCGAUACACUACCGCCAACUCUCAACGCCAACGUUACCGGGUGGCUGGUGUACAACAACGCUGCACCUAAGCAAAGUGCGGCUCUCCUCGAUGCGUUUGAACCGUUCGAUGACUUCACGCUCAUACCGCAGGACGGCAUGAGUCUCUACGAGCAAGCCGACUAUACGGUAAGCCUUGAUCUGACAAUGAACAACCUCGGAGACGGCGCAAACUACGCUUUCUUCAACGACAUCACGUACACGGCUCCCGUCGUACCGACACUCUACAGCGCACUAACCACUGGAGCCAACGCAUCGGACGUCACAGUUUACGGCGGCUACACCAACAGCUACGUCCUGCAAAAGGAUGAUAUUGUGGACAUUGUGCUCAACAAUGACGACGCAGGCAAGCACCCCUUCCACCUUCACGGUCACAACUUUCAAGCGAUUGUGAGAAGCGAGGAUGAUUGGGGUCACUAUGACCCAAACAAUCACUCCGCAUUCCCAGCGACGCCAAUGCGUCGCGAUACCCUCAUGGUAAGGCCUCAGGGUAACUUUGUUGUACGCUUCAAGGCGGACAAUCCAGGCGUCUGGUUCUUCCACUGUCACAUUGACUGGCAUCUUGCCAGCGGUCUAGCUGCGACAUUGAUCGAGGCGCCACUCGAGAUGCAGAAGACGUUGUCCAUUCCACAGAACCACUACGACGUCUGUCGUGCGGCUGGGGUGCCCGUUGCUGGGAAUGCCGCCGGUAACACGGUCAAUGUCCUGGACCUGGAGGGCGAGAACGAGAUGGUGCACCCACUGCCAGCCGGCUUCACGGCGAAGGGCAUUGUGGCGUUAGUGUUCAGCUGCAUUAGCGCUUUCUUGGGUAUGGCAGUCAUUGCUUGGUACGGCGCGGCACCGCUCAGUUCAGCGGAGCUCGCAUCUGCAAAGCGAUUUAUUGCGAAGCACGGAGGUAGCACGAAUUAA